AUGAGUUUUCACAGGCGAGAGAAUAUUCUCACUCUGCGUUCUGCUCUCGAACACACUUUUCCUCAGUCUACAUUUUCCACUCGUCCUAUUAGCACGUCUUUUUCUCUCUCGCUCUGUCGUGGUGUCGGGAAAAUUUAUCGCCUCACAGUUCGCCUGAGUUUCCUCGGGAGUUUCCUGUCAAAUAGCCUAAAAACCAACCAGCUGGAGGUGAAUACAGAUGCAAAAACCCUGCGUCCAAUUGCUCGCCUCAAGGAGCCCCGGGAUUUAUUUGCAUUGCCGAAAGAAAGAGACUAUGACUGUCCUCAGCAAGCGGCACGAUGGCCGAUCGAGUGUCAGGUAUUGGAAGAACGAAUUUAUCACAUAGAAUAUGUGCCAGAAGCUCCCGAACCAUACUAUCAGCCAACAGGGAAGGAAUUGCAGCCACGACCAGUCGGAGAGGAGAAUGGAAUAGUGAUUUAUAAUUAUAAUCCUGUCAGUGCCGUUAAUUAUUCAAAUAGAGACAGUGAUUCAGAUUCUGACGACGAUGAUAGUUCAGCGACCGAGAUAAAUUACUCUUCAACACCGGAAUCUGAUGACAUAAAGAGCAAAACACCGGACACAGAUGCAACAGAUUCCGAUGAGAGUGGAGAUGGCAAUUGCAAUGAUGAUGAUGACGAGUGUGACGACACAAGUAUCAAAUGCAAAAGCCUAAAAUUAGAUAGUGCACAAAUUAAUACAGCAGACACAGCGAGAUGCAACAAUCUCACGAGCAACAAUCUUCCACAGUUCAGUCGUUCCAGCGUUGGUGGAUCGAAAUAUCUGCUCAAUGCCCACCCAAAUCCACCUGAAAUUGAAGAUUUAGUGUUCGAAUCGCGCUUCGAGUCGGGAAAUUUAGCAAAGGCUGUGAAAAUAACAUCAGGAUACUAUGAACUCUACUUAAGACCCGAUAUGUAUACCAAUCGUCACACACAAUGGUUCUACUUUCGCGUCAUGAAUACACGGAAAAAAGUUAAUUACAGGUUCUCCAUUGUCAAUUUAGUGAAGUCGGACAGUCUCUACAAUGAAGGAAUGCGUCCCCUCAUGUACUCAACCAUUGAGGCCAAUACAUCUCUCAUCGGUUGGCGGCGAUGUGGAGAAAAUAUCACAUACUUUCGCAACGAUGACACAUUUCCCCUGAACGAUGACGAUGAUGAGAAUGGCUCCUACACCCUCACAUUCAACAUAGAAUUUCAGCAUGACAACGACACAGUAUACUUCGCCCACAGCUAUCCUUACACCUACAGCGACCUCCAGGAUUAUCUGAUGGCAAUCCAACGCCACCCAGUCAAGUCCAAGUACUGCAAACUCCGACUGCUCUGCAGAUCUCUGGCGGGCAACAAUAUCUACUACUUGACAGUCACAGCACCACAAGCGGAGGAGGAGGCAGUAAAAAAGAGGGCGGUGGUGGUGUCAGCCAGAGUUCAUCCCGGAGAAACACCCUCGUCGUGGAUGAUGAAGGGUCUGAUGGACUUCAUCACGGGUGAUUCAUAUGUGGCGAAGAGAUUGCGUCACAAGUUCAUCUUCAAGCUGAUACCAAUGCUCAAUCCUGACGGCGUGAUUGUCGGAAAUACACGGAGUUCACUCACGGGCAAGGAUUUGAAUCGCCAAUAUCGCACAGUGAUUAGGGAGACAUAUCCGUCAAUCUGGUACACCAAAGCAAUGAUCAAAAGACUGAUGGACGACUGUGGCGUCGUCAUGUACUGCGACAUGCACGCGCACUCACGAAAGCACAACGUAUUCAUCUAUGGCUGCGAGAAUAAGCGACAGCCUGAGAAGAAGCUCUCCGAACAGGUGUUUCCACUCAUGCUGCACAAGAAUGUGGCUGAUAAAUUCUCCUUCGAGAGCUGCAAAUUCAAGAUUCAGAAGAACAAAGAGGGCACCGGACGAAUAGUCGUGUGGAUGUUGGGUGUCACAAACAGCUACACCAUCGAGGCAUCCUUUGGCGGAACAACGCUGGGGAGUCGCAAUGGAACACACUUCAAUACCAUGGACUACGAGCAACUGGGCAGAGCUUUCUGUGAAACACUCAUGGAUUAUUACGAUGAGAAUCCAUUGAAAGAGAGACUCCGCAUGAAAAUCCUCAAUCGACUGUCAAAGGAGGGUUCAAGUGCUGAUGAACCACUAAAUAUUCCACUGUCUGACUACUCUAGCGAUGAGGGUGACACAAGUUCUGAUAGUUCGGAAAAUGAAGCCAACAAAAGUAUAUACGAGGGACCUUGUUGCCAACCAUUGAAGGUGCCACCCUCGUCUCCGGUCAUGCCAUCAAAGCUCAAGUGCAAUAAGAAGUUCAGAAAGUCCAAAUUGAAACGACCAGUGACACUGAAGAAAUCACAGAAAUUCCCCUCAAGGCCCAUCAUGGACAUUCCAACCACAGAUCCUGGCCUCGAUCUCUGCUAUUCAACCUCAGACGAGGACUACGAAACCGACGCGGAUAUCUUUGGGCGCGGAUACAAGGGGAAAUUGGUGCGGAAAUCACCUCAACUCUUCACCGACACCAACAUUCACAUGCCACCCGAAUUGAUAAUAACAUCAACGAAAAAAACCGAUGAUGAGCUUGGAGAUAAGUCGUCAAAAAUGCACGAAGGCGCAGCAACGCAAUCAAUAUCGGAAUUUCCCCCAAUAAACAUCAGCAAACGUGCUAAAUCUUGGCACAGUUUUAAUCGCUGCAUGGCCACGUUGAAAAUCACAAAUUCCACCCAAGAUGCCAUCAAUUACGACACCGCGGAUAAUCUUCAGCUGAAGCUGUCGCUCAAGAAGCAAAUUUGGGCAGGAGCGUGGCCGGGAAAGAAUGGAAUUGAUCGCUCGCGGCCACUUUCUUGGGGUGUUUCAUCGCUCAGCAGCAAGAAAACCGCCGCCAAUCAUCCCAGAAUCAAUGACUACGACAGCGAGAGUCUGCUGACGGCGUGCUCGCAGAAGCUCGCCGCCUGGCAAGAGACGGAGAGACAGAAUGCCGCCAGUGCGCUGGCCAGUGAUAAGAAGACACCGCGGAAGCCAGCGACAGUGAAUGGAAGUGCGGUGCAGGCGAAGGUGAAUGAGAAAGUGGGUAAAAAUAGGCGGAACACAGCCUCCUUCGUCACGCCCAUCAAGUCUCUGCCAGAGGAGCAGGCCAAGAGCAAGCGAAAGCCCAAGAGCACAUUGACUAAAAUAGUGAAGGCCACGGAUUUCUUCACUCACCUGGCUAAGGCGAAGCCAAAAGGUCGUGACGUGCCAAGUGCAGCACUUCUGGCGCCGCAGAACUUCGUCGGGGCCCUCGUGCCCUCAGCCAACCACCUGGGCCACAAGCCAAAGUCACCCAGCAAGUUCCGGACGGGCGCUAUCGUCGUCACGGCUGUGCAGCCGGGCAAGAAGUCCAAGAAGAUGCGUCCGGCGCGUCACAAGAACCGCGACACUUCCGACAGCGAUUCUGAAAAUGCCAAGACAUUCGUCAGGAAGGUGCGGACGAAGAUCAAGCGGAAAAAGAGCAAGAGCAGCAAGCAAUAGGCAUUAGUUAUUUGCAUCGCAAUUAGCACGGUAGCAAGUGAGAAUGACUCGUCAACAGAGGCAGAACACUGUGAAUGUCGCUUCAAUGGCGUGUGAUUGAGUCUUGAGGUGAAAAUAAGAGAAAUUAUUCGAGGAGAAAAGUGACGAAAAUCCACGAGAAAAUAAAACACACUUUGAC